CCCCUACGUUUAAGUUGAACCAUUUCCGUUCACUUUGUCUCUGUCUCUUCUUCUUCUUCUUCUUCAAUGGGCUGCAGCAGAGACGCCGCCUCCUCUUGGCUCUGCACUUGCCCACCCACCACCACCACCACUGCGACCUCGACCUCGUUCAAGUUGAAACCUUUCUUCUUGAAACCAGUCAUCUCCUGCUCCAUCAAGGGUCCAUCAGAUUCCACCUCAUCAUCAUCCGCGGCGUCCUCUUACAGCCCCCAUCGGAUUAGGAAAUUUGGUCGACGGCUGCCGGAUAUCGUUCGACAUUGGGUCCAAGCGGAUUCUCUCAUUCCAUCUGAUGAUAAAGCGUAUGCUACAGAAAGAUUUAUGGUUGUCCCGUACAACGUAUUGGGGGACAGAAAUGCUUCAAAACAUAAAGAUUUGUACCGCAAUGUUCCUUCACUUUACAUGAAUUGGGAUCGCCGCAAGAGAAUUAUAUGCGAGGAACUCAUAGGAUGGAACCCAGAUAUAAUCUGUUUGCAAGAGGUUGACAGGUACUUUGAUCUCUUGAACAUUAUGCAAAAAGCAGGAUAUAUUGGUUCAUUUAAGAGACGCACAGGAGACUCCAUUGAUGGUUGUGCAAUGCUUUGGAAAGCUGAUAAGUUUCGGCUAUUAGAGUGUGAGAGUAUUGAAUUUAAGAGAUACAAUCUCCGUGACAAUGUUGCUCAACACUCUGUUUUUGAGAUGUGUAGCGCUGAGUCAAGGAGACUUCUAUUUGGCAACAUUCACGUUCUUUACAACCCAAGCAGGGGGGAUGUUAAACUGGGUCAAAUUCGUACCCUCUCAUCGAAGGCACAUAUCCUGUCAAAGAAAUGGGGUAAUGUACCUGUUAUACUGGCCGGUGAUUAUAACAGUUCUCCUCAGAGUGCAAUAUACGAGUUUUUGUCAUCAUCUCAGCUGAAUAUCAUGUUACAUGAUAGAAAAGAGUCGUCUGGUCAAAGAAGUUGUAAUCCUGCUCAAGUUUUUGGAAUCGAAAGAGAAACACGAAAUCCACUCCAUUUGAUGGACAGAAUCUUCAAGAGUGGCUGGACUGAUGAAGAAGUAAAGGUUGCAACAGGCAGGGCAAAAAGCGAAGUAGUUAUGCACCCUUUGACGCUUAAUAGCUCCUAUGCCACACUGAAGGGAUCUACGAGAACCAGGGGCUUUAAAAGUGAACCUUUAGCUACUUCCUUUCAUGCAAAGUUUUUUGGAACUGUUGACUAUUUAUGGUAUUCAGAUGGUCUUUUACCUACACGGGUUCUAGAUACACUUCCAAUUGAUGUUCUUCAGAAGACAGGUGGCCUUCCAUGCCAGAAAUUGGGCAGUGACCACUUGGCCUUGGUUUCUGAGUUUGCCUUCGUGCCCACCGAGAAGACGCUGUAAACAACACAGCCAGCAACUACCUCAGCCAAGGCCACUCCAUUAUCUGAUGAAGAUUACGUUCAUGGUUUCCUAGUAAAUAUUUUUUUGGUUGUUGUUGAGAUUACAGAAAAAUGUGAGAACAAUUUCCUAAAGCAAGCUCGGGAAGAAUGCCAGAUAGACGAUUAUGUUGACCCAUUCAUUAAUUUUCUAUCUUGCAAAGUAAGCCCAUUUAUGUCAAGCCUCACAUUUUGUAACAGAAGUUUGUGUGGUAAUGUGUAGUUGGUAAUUAGUGUAUGGUGCGGUCAAAUUCAACCUUCAGUUAUUAUUUUUUCUUUUUCAUUCAAUCAGAUUUUCCGCUUGA